AUGAAUCUGAGAUCUUUCAGACCUGAAGCUGGUUAUCUGAGUGAUUUUUUCUCAUCGUGGCAGAUGGACUGUGACGUGACAAAUGCUGAUCAAAAAGAUAAAAGUCCUUCCAAACCAGAAACAUCUCCGGAUAAAAAUUCCAAAUUUCUUACUGAAGAGACGUAUACAGUUCAUGCCCCAGAUCUACUUGAAUGCAAGUUAGGAAACGAUAAUAAUGGCAAUGAUUCGAGUAACGAUACCGAUUACCAUCCAAGUUAUAGUAGUGAUGAAGAAAUGACAGAUUCGGAACGCGAAAGGAAGCCAUCAAUAACCGACUCGGACAAAGAAGGGAAGCCAUCAAAGCCAUCGAGAAAAGUAUCAAGAGCUGGCUCUGCCGGAGUGCAACAAAAAAGGCCUCCUCUUCUCCCUCGAAAAAG